CUUGAUCAUUCCCCGCGUGGCUUCAAUCAACACCUCCGCAAUUGUUCCGUCAAAGCCACUCAACACCUAUUGGGCCUCAGCUUCACUCUCCAAUGGACGAUAGCUAGGCAAACGAUUGAACAUGGCCUCCUCAACCAAAUCUCUCUCCGCGCUCCUUGCGCAGACGUCCCUCGACGACCACGAUGAAAUCCUCAAAGCCGCCAAUGCAACAAUCAAGAAGUCCAAGGCCGACCUACAUACACAGCACGUGAAGGCGGUAGCGCUGCUACACCUGGAUCGCUACGAAGAUGCCCUGAAAGUCUUCGAGGAUGUCAAAGGAUUGCAAGAGAAGGCGCAAUUCGAAUACGCCUAUGCGCUAUACAAAACGGGCAAUGCAGCAAAGGCGGUUGAGGCAGCAGAAGCAGGGCAGAAUGCGGAUCGAGGGACAAAGCACAUGCUUGCCCAGGCUGCAUACCGGUCCGAGGACUUUGCGCAAGCCGCAAAAGUAUACAAAGAACUUGCGAAUCAGCCCGUCGAAAACGAGGAAUACGAUAUACGCAUCAACUCAGGAGCCGUGGACGCACAACUGGAAUGGACGGGACAGGGCGAGCUAGCGCAGAAGAAGAAACCUACUCGAGAAGACCUCGAGGUCUUUGAGACGGCCUUUAACGCAGCAUGUGGAAGUAUAGCACGCGGCGAGCUUGGGCAGGGCGAAGUGUGUCUAAGACGGGCAAAAGACUUAUGCAAUGCGCUCUCGGACCUCAGUGAUGCGGAGAAGCAGGCUGAACUUCUGCCCAUUACCGUACAACAGGUUUACGUCCUAACUCAGCUGGGCAAGAUAGAAGAUGCAGAGAAGCUGGCUAGUAGCAUUCCAUUCGCCGACAUCAAAGAAUUGUCGACCCGCUACAUUGCUCAGGUGAACAGCAUCGCCGCCUCGAAGCAGCACUCGAAUCCAUAUCUGUCGCAUCGGCUUUUCCACUCAUCACCGAAGCCCCCAGUGACCGACCAGCAUUUCUCGUUGCAGUCUAAUAUCCUGCGUCAAGAUGAAUACGUCAUCUCGUUACUUUCACAAAAGGUUGCUGGAGUCGCAUCUUCGACCGAAAAGGUCAUCUCGGCAACUCCGGCUCCUUCAUUAUCUCCGGCUGUCAAUAUGGCAGCAGUAUUGAACGCCGCGGCUCAUGCACGAAACGCCGAAACUGAAAAGGCUGCACUGAAGGAGAUUGUACCAUUACUCGAGAAGAGACCAAACGAUGUGGGUUUAUUACUCGCAAUCGCGCACCUCUACGUGAUUACCAACAACUAUGCCGCUGCAACCCAUCUUCUAGAGUCCUUCUUCAAGCGCCUCGAACACAGCGGGUCUGCAUCAGAUCUUGACGUGCGAUUCGCCCCGGGCCUGAUUGCCGCGCUUGUCUCGCUCUACGCACAACAAGGCCGUCCAGGGGCAUCGAAAUCUGAGUUGGCGAAGGCAGCAGAAUACUGGCGAAAACCGCACAAGUCAAAAACAGAAGCUCCAUCAAAAGCACUCAUGGUCGCUGCCGGAACCGCGUUGUUAGAUACACACAACCCCGAAAACGUCAAAGCUGCGGGAGAGAUCUUCAAAAGUCUAUAUGAUUUAGACAAUGAGGAUCGAGCAGCUAUCGCUGGUCUUGUUGCUGCAUAUAGCAUCACUGAUCCAUCUUCCAUACCCGAGGACCUCCUUUCGUACCUACCAGAAGCAAAUCGCUUAGUCUCUGACAUCGAUGCGGUGGCACUUGAAGGAACAGGCGUACCGCUUGGCACACUCUCCACAACCGACAUCGCAUCCGAAGCGCGGAAACGUAGCAUCGCGCCCACUAGAUCAGUGCCCUCAAGGACGAAGCGGUUACGCAAGGCUCGCAUGCCGAAAGAAUUCAUCGAAGGCAAGAAGGUAGAUCCUGAGCGAUGGCUGCCAAUGCGCGAUCGUAGCUACUAUCGCCCGAAGGGCAGGAAGGGCAAGAAGAAGUUGGAAGGGCUCACACAGGGCGGUGUUGUGGCAGAAGAUAAGGGGACGCCUGUUGCUCAGGAGAAGAAAGGUGGUGCUGACAAGGCGAAGAACAAGAAGAAGGGAAAGGGUGGGAAGUGGUAGAAUGUGAGAGAUGCCAUUGGCGACCAAACACAUUCUCGAGUGCAGUAUACCAUUUCUCAGAACUUCCUAGACGUCUUAGUAGAUGGUAUGCCAUGAGCACAAUGCUAGCUAGGAUUUAGAGAACAGUUCGCUCAAUGUGACAUGGAUGCUAUUGAGAGACCUUGAUGCCUGCGAAGUACGAGUCAUGUAGCCUGGUAGUACCCCACACCAUGAGACUCCAUACAUGAGCAAGCUACCCCUCC